GUAGUCGCGAGUGAGCGUUGGAACGGUCAGAAUAAAAAACGAGGCUUUGGAAAAAAAAUGAAAAACAAAGACUGCUUCUCUCUGGUCUUUGCUCUUGGUCUUCAGCGGAUUGCUUCGUGAUCUUUGGGUUUGGUUCAGUUUAUACUUUCCAAUAAUUUUGUAUCUAUUCUAUAAUCAGCCCCGAAGAUGUUGAUCAAACUGUAGCUUCAAAUGCAUCCGGAGCUUUGUGGAUUCCAAUAAUUUCAUCUCCAUAAUUUGUUAUUAAUUACAAAGGCAUGCACUGUAUUAGUUGGCACCUCUAGAUGAGCUUUGAGGAAUUUUGGAUAAGAAUAAUUGCGUCUCUCUGAUUUUAUUUUGAGGAGAUCCAUUCAUGAUCAGGAAAAUGGUGGAAGGGCCAAAAUUUACAGGACUUGUAGGCGGAAGUGAUGACAAUGUCAACUACUAUGAUUUCACACAAGGCUUCUACCAAAAACUCGGUGAGGGAACAAACAUGUCCAUUGACAGUUUACAAACUAGCAACGCUGGUGGGUCCGUGUCGAUGUCAGUGGAUAAUAGUAGUGUGGGGUCCAGUGAUUCUCUUACCCACAUCUUAAGCCACCCAGGUUUAAAACCUGUCAGCCACCACAACUACAGUGUCUCAGUGGGACAGAGUGUGUUUCGUCCGAGGAAGGUGACCCAUGCCCUAAAUGAGGAUGCAUUAGCACAAGCAUUGAUGGAUAGUCGGUAUCAAACUGAGGGAUUGGAUAAUUAUGAUGAUUGGACAAUUGAUUUGAGAAAACUCAAUAUGGGAACAGCAUUUGCCCAAGGUGCUUUUGGAAAGUUGUAUAGAGGAGCAUAUAAUGGCGAGGAUGUUGCAAUAAAGAUAUUGGAGAGGCCAGAGAAUUGCCAUGAGAAGGCACAGGUGAUGGAGCAGCAGUUUCAGCAGGAAGUCAUGAUGCUUGCAACUUUGAAGCAUCCCAACAUUGUGCGCUUUAUUGGGGCAUGCCGCAAGCCCAUGGUUUGGUGUAUUGUGACAGAGUAUGCCAAGGGAGGGUCAGUAAGGCAGGCUUUGACAAGGAGACAGAAUCGGGCAGUGCCAUUGAAAUUGGCAGUUAAGCAGGCAUUGGAUGUUGCAAGGGGAAUGGCUUAUGUUCAUGGUCUUGGGUUUAUACACCGGGAUUUGAAGUCAGAUAACCUUCUGAUUUCUGCUGAUAAGUCAAUAAAAAUUGCAGAUUUUGGUGUUGCACGGAUUGAGGUGCAGACUGAGGGAAUGACACCGGAAACAGGGACAUACCGUUGGAUGGCUCCGGAGAUGAUUCAACAUAGACCUUAUACGCAGAAGGUGGAUGUAUAUAGCUUUGGGAUUGUACUUUGGGAGCUGAUAACAGGGUUGCUUCCCUUCCAGAACAUGUCAGCAGUGCAGGCUGCAUUUGCUGUGGUUAACAAAGGUGUAAGGCCGGUCAUCCCACACGACUGUCUACCUGUGCUGAGUGAGAUCAUGACUCGGUGCUGGGACACAAAUCCUGAAGUCCGUCCCCCAUUCACUGAGAUUGUCAGGAUGCUUGAGAAUGCUGAAUCUGAGAUUAUGAAUACUGUGCGCAAGGCACGUUUCCGAUGUUGCAUUAGCCAACCCAUGACAGUUGACUGAUCUGGAUCCAGAAUAUAAUAGUGUGAAAAAGAGAGAGAAGCCUGAAGAAUAUAAAACUGAAGUAAUAUGAAAGUAUAAGCAUGUAAUUUUUAAUUUGGGUAUUAUUUGAAGAUAGGGAGAAGUUAACCAUGGAGACGUUGGUAGUGAAUUUGUAAUGGAGUAGCAAUUGAAUGUGGGGGUGGAGGGAAGGGUGGUUUGGUUAGUUGUAGUGGUUAACAUUUUAUAUUUCAUACAAUCUGUAGCAAAUAUAUGGGAUCUGCCGCUUACAAAGUUGUGGAGUGUUCUUGUUUCAUAUUACAAAUUACAAUUUACAAAAAAUUUGAAAAA